AUGAAUUCCUAUUAUACAGUGAAUAUCCUUUCAGAUUAAAUUAGUAUUAACAAGUUUAAAUCAUAAAGUUUGAAGUAUGUUUGCCUACUCAAUUUCGAAAACAAGGUGUACUGGUAUACAGAGUAACAAAAAAUACAUGCUUUUGGAAUAGUAGUUAAGAAGAAGGUGAAGUUCUUCAAAGCAAAUCAUAAAGAUCUUGAGGAAAUGAGAAGAUUAAUAGCCUGCAAGGUCCUGUUUGAUGGGAUUGUGAGCUUAUAUAAAUGCAAUCGUUAAAUUGGAGAAGGAGCAGACAGCAAAGUGUUUAAGGUUGAAGACACUAUUUAAAAGUCAUUCUGGGCAUUAAAGUGUUUAGAAAGAAAAGAUGAUUUUUAGUAAGAAAUCAGAAUGCAUCAGAACUUAGAACAUAACCAUAUCAUUUAGUUCAAAGAAUACUUUUAAGGCGAACAAUACUAUUACAUAAUAAUGGAACUGAUGGGAGGCUAAACACUAUCAAAAUUAUUGGAGAGAAAUCUAAUUACAACACAUUAAUAGUGCAGAACUAUUAUUUAGGCUCUGUUGUUGGCUUUGGUUUAUUUGAAGAAUGAAGGCAUUAUUCAUAGGGAUAUCAAACCUGCUAAUAUUAUGUUUGCGUAAUCUGGAAAAUUAGACAGUCUAAAAUUAGCAGAUUUCAAUUUUGCUAUGAAAUAAUAUGAUACAAAUGUUUAGCCUAUUUUGUAUGGUAUGUAUACUGCUCCUGAAGCUUUACAAGAUAUUCCGAUCUACAGUGACAAAAUGGAUGUCUAUAGUUGUGGAGCAAUACUGUAUAAAUUAUAUUCGGGAGAAGAUAUUCAUCCAUUUCGAUAUUUACAAGAAUCCAAUAUGUUUUACAAUAUUAUUAGGAAUGGUUCCAUAGAUUUCACAGUCUUGGAUAAAGCUAAUGCUCCUUCUAAAGCCAUUCAUUUAAUAAAAGCAAUGCUAGAUGGAGACCAUAAUAAAAGAGUUAGUGCACAGGAAGCAUUAGAGUUCGAAUACUUUUAAAAUGAAUCUCUAAGUCCAACUGAAAAGAGAUCUCGCUUUUAACAUAGAUAUUAAAAUGAUAAUUUGAAAAUUGGAGUUACUGCUGACUUUGAAUUCUAAUUGGAUUAAGAUGCUAAAUGUGCCAACGUAAGAAAAAUAGAGAUCCAUCAUCAUCAUUGA